AUGACCUCAGGCUUGAUUAAGUCACAAGCUCCAUUGACGGAAAAUUCCAAGCGUUCAACUACGGUGGAUUCUAUUCGAGGCCAUUCUGCAAUCUUGUUCAGCAGAGAAGGGCCAGCAGCCUCGAACGAAAUCUUCGAUGAACAUGCCAAGCUGCGCUAUUUGCCGUUGGUCCCGCACUCAGAUGAUGAGCAGGCCAUAACCAAGAACACUGAUUUGGUCAUCUUGCCGAGCCAUCUGGUUCGCAUCAAUGCCACUACUCGAGGCCCAAGACUCUGCCGCGCAUCCUGGCCACGCGACAGGCUACCGGUCGAGAUAUUUGACAUGAUUACUGAACUUCUUUCACGCGACGACGUGAAAUCGGCCCGCUUGGUCAAUCGAGAGUGGGAGCGCAAGGUUUCUGGGAAUUUGUUUGCCUCCUCAGUAGUUCCAUUCAACACAGAAUUGUACGACAUGAUCGAGGAAGACAGCAAAGCUGCUCACAGGAUGCCAUGCUCUGCUCAUCGACCUAAAGGCAAGGGCAAGGCUGGGACGAUUGAGGUGCCAGAUCAGGGCAUCAACGUGGGACAUGGCCUGCGCGUCUUCCAAGGCUUUGGUCCAUACUUUCGCCGCUUCGGCAUGAGCUUUGAGGUCGCUGAAGCUCAGCUUGCACGUCCGCCUGUCAAGAAAGAUCUCGAUCAUGUUACCUCAUACUAUGGAUCCUACGAUUGGCCACAGCACGAGUACACUCGAUUUGCAGGCUUGGCCGGACUCGAACGCACUGCAGAUGAGACACUGCGGAUGAAGGCCGCUUUCUCCAACCUGCAUAAAGUACAGGACCUGGGACUGUCCCUCGACAAUGGCCUCGGUUGGCUCAACGGACCUGACAAGUCCAUACAUGCUCGCAUUUUCCAGCAUGGCUCGCCUGUCUUUGGGUACUCUCGGCCAGUACCUGAUCAGCAGAUGCAAGACGCGCAGGUAUUCUGGCAAGCUAUACAGGAGUGCCACGCAGCUGAUGAGGACCGAUACGGAGUACUGUAUACCACGUUUAGUCAACUGGAUAUCGCUGGUAUUUAUGAUAGAUCAGCACUCGUACCUGCUGAACUUCGGAAGGAACAAAAAGAGUGGCUCCUGGAGACCGAUUGGGCGCAACGAGCAUUCCUCGAGUGCUACAUGCUUGCUGUGAUAGAUAACCCGGUCAUCUUUGGGCGUGUGAAGACUUUAACAAUCACGAAGGUUUCCAGCGGCCUCCUUCCGAUCCUGUCCAGAGAGUCAUUCUGGAAUGCACUGCCAGGAGUUUCUGAUGUCACCAUCCACGUUAAGCCCGAUUGGAGGACUGUUGAGCGAGACAAUGCUGGCUUCGCCGAAACAAGUCAGCGCCAGCCAUCAGAAGCUGUGAACACUUUCUACAAAUGCAUUCUCCGAGACCGCCUCUGCUUGAGAUCGUCGAUCACUAAGCUUAAUAUAGGUUGGGCAGCAGGCGGCGAGCAUGCCGAGGGCAUCUUCGCUCGCAACAACCACGUUCUACCCGCACCAAUCACCCAGCUAGAGCAUAGCACAGCCGUGAAUGGUCAAGUUGCGCUGGUGUUUCGAUUUGUGGAGCACCUGACUCUUCAUAACUGCUGGAUGACUCCAGUAACCUUUGAGAGUCUGCUAAACAAUCACGCCAGUAAGGCGUUGAAGAAUUUGGUACUCGACUCCGUAUCGCUGACAGCACACCCACGGUUCCUGGCAGUGGAACCCAACUACAGGAGCUUUUUUCCAUCACCUCAUUAUUCGCACUGGUCAGACGGCCACCGCGAAGGCUCUUGGGCACAAGUCUUAGACAAGCUGAGCCCAGGCAAAGUGUUCAGGGAUUUCUUACCUCACGUCCGAGGUCGCGAGGAGCAGCUCUCAAAGCGUGCUAAGACCAAUCUACAGAGUAUCGAAUUUCAGUCCUGUGGAUAUGUGAAGCUCCUGCUCAAUUCGACCUUUGAUCAGCAUGCUAUCGAUACAGGCACGGGACAAAGUCUGUCUGCCUGGUUCCAUAUCCGCCAAAUCGCUCUUUUGCCGGCGAUGAUGUCGACCAACGAUCGCUUCCUUGGUCGGAUUGCCCAGCAUAUGCCGGAGCGCGAGCUGAAUGCGUUGCGCUUCGCAUGGGGUCUUCGUGAGGGCUGGAAUGAUCGAGCCAAGGCCGAGGCGGUGGAGUACGAUGGGCUGUUGGCAGGCGGACAUGGUAGGUUUUCGGGCAGGAUCAACAGACUCUAG